GAGCAUAGGGCCUAGGUCAGAAUCGAACCGCUGUUGGGUUGGCUCUUCGGUACGGUGGUGGCUCUGUGCGACUGGUGACCGACCGUGGUCCGUCCGUCAUAUUCCCGGUUUGAAAGCAAGGUUGCGACUAGUUGUUGCGACGCAGGAAGGUGCAGUGAUCUGUGUACGGAGUUGCAAACGGGUCUGCCGGCCAUGGAGAAGCGGAUAGAGCUCGAAAAACGGGGAAGAACCCCCGGCGAAAUUAAAGAACUUGUCCUUGACAAUUGUCGAAGUACGAAUAUCAUAGGUUUGACAGACGAAUUUGCUGCUUUAGAAACAUUAAGUCUCAUUAAUGUGGGUCUUACCAGUCUAAAAGGCUUCCCAAAAUUGCCAAGUCUCAGAAAGUUGGAACUGAGCGACAACAGAAUUUCUGGUGGUUUAAAUCUUCUUCAUUCAAGUCCCAAGUUAACUCACCUUAAUCUUAGUGGCAACAAAAUCAAAGAUCUUGACACACUUCAACCUUUAAAAGAGUUUAAGAACUUGAAGAAUCUUGAUUUCUUCAACAAUGAAGUAACAAACUUGGAUAAUUAUAGAGAGAAAGUUUUCAGUCUAAUUCCCAGUCUUCGAUAUCUUGAUGGAUUUGACAUAGAUGAACAUGAAGUAGAUGAUACCGAAGGAGAGGAUGACGAAGUAAAUGGAAACGAAGACGGAGACGGAGAUGCUAACGAAGAAGAUAGCGAGGAAGUUUCGGAUGAAGAAGACGAUGAAGACUUUGAUGAAGGUGGUGUAGGUUUAGAAGCUGUCUACAAGAGUGGUCUAGAGGAUGAUAGCGAUGAAGAUGAUUUCUUAUGCGAUGAAGAAGAAGAAGAAGAUGAUGAUGAUGGCGAAGAUGACGAACAGGAUGAGGAAGAAGAAUCGUCUCCUGCUCGAGGUAAGAAGAGAAAACAUGAAGAUGGAGGAGAGUCAGGAAACUAGAAUCGUAAAGAACAGGUUCUGAUACCAUUGAAUGAGUGUAAAAUUCAUAUAAAUAAUAACAAUAAUUGAGACGCCGAGUGAACACCUGGGAAUCAAACUAAUUGACCGACCAAUGACAGACUACAGUUAGUUGUGUGAAUUUAUCAGUAAAUCAUUGACUGACAAAUUGUCUGUGGAAUAACAAACGAUUUACCAUUGCGGAGAAGAGGAAUAUGAAUGAAUUCAAAAAAUGGAUAAUGAUGGCAUAAAAUAGGGCUGCAUUCCAGCUGGGCACAGCACGUUUUAGUUAUACUAACGAUAUUUUAUAUAGAGUAUAUAGUUAGAAUAUUAGUGGUGUUGCAUAGUGGGUGAAAGAUCAGAUUUUGAAGGACUCUAAGAAGGCGGCAGUGGAGUUUUACACUUGAAGGAGCAUAUUUGUCUGUUAGCUCCUGUCGGCCAAAGGCUGGUCACGCUGGAAUGCAGUCAUCGUUAAUCAGUACUAAGGUUACAUAAGUUACAUUUUAAAUACAUUAUUAUUGUACUAUGAAUAAGUCUAGAGUACACGAGGAACAACUUUUGUACAGGUUUACACCAUACAUUGAGGUGCAUUAUGCCUCUGUGAUUUUUGGGACAGAAAAUAAAGAGAUAAAUAUAUGUUGCUCAUACAUUGAGCUUAUAUCUAUGAACGACGUAUUGAGAUAAAAAUUACAUCAUAAGAAUGAAAAAAUGAAAAUCAACUAUGUACAUUUCGUUUCUUAGAAUGAUAGUGAUUGAAAUGUAUAAUUGAUAUCGACUAAAAACAAAUUAGUUAACCUGGUAAAAAAUAUCUUAAUAUUUUCAAAUAUUUUUUUUUUUUUAUAUAAGUUAAAUUGCUUUGAUAUUUCAAGAAAUCAUCUUGAAAAAUAACUCCGAAUUACGUGAGAUCACAAUUGACAUUGUGGUAUUCCGACUUGUAAUUUCUAGUAAAUUUUAAGUUUCGAAUUUCUACGUACAUUGGCAAUAAGCCAUACGUUACAUGACUGUUAAGAUUAUCGUUAUUUACCCUCGAGCAUUCCAUGUGUUACAUGGUAUGCUCUUAUAUAACAAAUUCAUUUAAUUAUUAAUAUUAUUGUAAUAUCUUCUCAUUUCAAAUUACAGACGUUUAACUGUAACGAUUAAAUGUUUUUAUAUCACUGAAUCAUACAGUUUUUUACAAUAACAAUAGAAUUACUUGUUGGGUAGUUUUGUUAAUACAUUACAGAACUAAGUGCUUGUAACGUAAUAUUAAAAAAAAAGAAAAUCAAAAUUUAAAAUUGCUGUAAAUCCAUGAUUACCUUUAAUUUCUGUCUCUGAAGUUACCAUAGCGCUGCCACAUCUCGUGAUGAUUAAAGUGCGAAGUUAAUUGGUAAUGAUCAUUAAUAUUAUUAAUAUUACAUUGCAAUUAUGAUUUAAAAAAAAAAAAAACAUUCACACUUGCGCUUUCGCACUUUUGAAUCGUAUUUAAAAAGUCAGAAAUGCAAAAUUUAGAAACUUGAGAAAUAGGCGCAAAAAAUAAAAGGUGGAUCAGACGAUGUAGUUAAUGGUGAGACUGUGGCAAGUGAAUUACUGGACGGACUACCAAUUAACUACGUGAUCGUGAGAAUGGAUGGGAGUGAAAUAGCGUGUGAGAGUGCAAGAGAGGAUCGGUUUUAUAAGAAAAAAAAAAAAAAAAAUUAUGGUAGAGUCGAGGAUCUGGCGCCUCUUUGUCGCCAGUUUGGUUAUGGCCUUAUCCAAUUUUUCCAAGACUAAAGCAAAUUUAUAUUAGGUACAAUGAGUAUAUGACAUGUACAGGUCCAAAUCUGUAAAUUUCCAAUCUGCAAUUUGUAAUUGCGGCUCGCGCGGAUGUCGUAUUAAAAGUUAAAUUAUAAAUAAAGAAAUUAAAUUAUAAUUAAAAAAUUAAAUUAUAAAUAACAAAUUAAAUUAUAAAUAAUUAAACAUUCCGCGCGUCCCGCGACACGUACACUUUUGUCAAUUGCAAUUUUGGAUAGCCAUUUACGUAAUCUAUCACCUAUUAUCAGAUAUAUUACAUCUGUGUAUUGUCUGUCUGUUCCGUUGUUAAAAUGGAUUUUUAUCAUAACGUUUGUUUAUUUCGAGCAAUCCUCAUCACAAAAUAAGAAAAAAUAAUUUAUUAAUAAAACCAUUUACAAAUCAAGAAUUGUGUGUCUGAUGACUAUCAUUAAUCCAUCUUUAUUCUUAUAAUAAUUCUUUAAACUUGCAGUGUUCUCGUUAUUUAUUACACUAUUUUCUUACAUUUUUCUUAUAAUUCGUUUCCUUUAAUUUACAAUAAAUGCUUCAGUACAAACGGAAAGAAAAGUUAAUAUUUUAUAUAACAAGUACGUUAAAUAUUUAUAUCACACGAGUAAAUAGUAUAUCUAAAAUGGUAGAUAGCAUCUUUUGCAUUUUUAAUUAUAAGCCAAUGCAAGAAAAAAUAUACGUACACAAAUAUUACCGGAAAAGCUUAUAUCUGAAUUAAUUACGUUUGAAUGCGUUCGUUCGACAAUGAUAAUUUGAGUGAAUGCAAGAAGGCCGCCGCUUACUAAGUAAUGCUGUCGGAAAGCUCGGAAAAACGAAAAGAGUAAAUACGUUCGAACUGAUCCUUUCUUUCGGAAUGCUCGAUUUAUUCGAAACGCUCGCUUCUUUAGAAUCUAGUGUAUUCUAGGUUCGGCCUGGUUCGGUCCGAUUAUUCGAGCUUAGCAAAACUCGUCUCGCUUUUCCGAGCUUUUCGACAACACUAUUACUAAGCUACUCUGUGAGCGAGUAAGCUUACAAAUGUUUCGCUCUCAAACAUAACGACAGCUCUCAGGUAGAUAGCAGCUAAGUACUCACUAAACAAUACUAAUAGGUUCGUCAAUGCGUUUAUUAGCUUACAACUAAAAUGUAUACAGCCUUGUUUCUUUAUUGCUAUCUAGUCAUCCUUAUCGUAUAUAUCUACAACUAACGUCCAUUUGAAUUAUUGUAGAUUCCUUAUUUUGGAUUUAAUUCUCUUACUCACUAUUACUAUAUACUAUAAAUUUAUAUAAAAAAUAUUUCAUACGUCCUAUAUUCUAGUUAGACAUUUGUACUCCAAGUUGCGCACUCUGAUUUCCAUACUUAAUCUGUCGUUUUGUGAUUGCGUGUUAGUCAGUCUUUCUUAGGAACUCUAUAAAAAUAACGGCUCAUUACUUGAGCUAUAUAAAUCAAAACAAUACUAAUAUUGAGAUUAAUAUCAGUGGCGUCAUCGGUGGGAAAACGUCUAAGUUCGUAGUGAAAAUAGUUCCUGUCAUUUCCGUAAGAUAGCACCAGCGAUACCUUUUAAUCAAUUAAUCCUUAUUUUUCAUAAAUGCAUAAUUAAUACGAUUCUUCGCUUUAUAAUAGUACUUAAUACAUGAACUUUAUCAUUUUUAUGAAUACUUAUUAAAUGCAGCAAUAAAUAUAAAUCCUUUAGUUAGUUACGUCAACUAUUAUCAACAGUGAGAACUAUUUUCACUACAAACUUGGGCGUUUCCCCGCCGAUGGAGCCACUGAUACGUUUUACUUUAUUUAUUUUAGGUGCGAGCAGACCUAGCUGCUCGUAACACCACAAUGUUGUACAAAAUUAUAUUACAUCUAAACAUAUACACAUGUAGUAAUAUUUUCCUUAAUUUAUGUUAACAGUUCAUAAUACUUAGACUUAUAUCUAUGGCACGCAAUUCAUUGGCUUAGUAAUACUAUAUAACUUAGUUUAAGAUUUUAUCAGCCACUGAUACUAAAACCAGUAUUAGUAUAGUGCAAUGAUUGGCUGCUAUCAAGGAACGGCUAUGUUUCAGAGCGAAAAAUUUGUAAGCUCAUCAGUGUACAAAACGGCUUGGUAAGCGGCUUUAUUAUUUGUUUGUUUAAUUUAUUUAUAGUGCGCCCGAAUCUCUCUGGGCAUUGCACUCAGUCUUUGGUCCUUACAUUAUCAGUACAUUGUUUCCUUAAUAUUAUGUUGUACAAAGUUAUCAGUCUAUAUAGACUUAUUCGCUACAGCCAUAUCUUAGGAAUUUAACGAUACGAGUAAUCUUCUAUAUUAAUUCAGUCUCUACUUUUUUUUUGUAUAGGAAUUUUUAACAAAUAUGUAUUCCCUUUAGGAUACUAUUUCACUUAUAUGUAUAUAUUCAUAUAUCAUCUAAGAAAAAAUAAAAUUAUAUUCUUGCUUUGGUA